CUGCAGCAGAAUCUCAGCAAGAGAGUCAGAACACACAGCCACAGCACAGAGAGCUGAGUGCAGCGCUGCCAGAGUUAAACACUAUCUGCAUAUGAGGCUGGAACUGAAAGACAGCUCCAAGUUGAGAGGCUGUUUCUAUUGCUUUUUUUCCUCCUCUUGCGGAUUGGGGAUAAACUGCAGGCAGGAGGGGCUGUGAGCAGCAACAGUAACACCCGGCUACCGGAUUUCAGUAGCAUGGCAUCAAGGAGAAUGGAGACCAAGCCAGUAAUAACGUGUCUGAAGACCCUGCUUAUAAUCUACUCUUUUGUCUUUUGGAUCACUGGCGUUAUUCUUCUAGCUGUUGGCGUGUGGGGAAAACUAACCUUAGGCACAUAUAUCUCCCUUAUUGCUGAAAACUCCACUAAUGCUCCUUAUGUCCUCAUUGGAACUGGUACCACAAUUAUUGUCUUCGGGCUGUUUGGUUGCUUUGCCACUUGCCGUGGUAGCCCAUGGAUGCUGAAACUGUAUGCUAUGUUUUUAUCCCUGGUCUUCCUGGCUGAGCUAAUUGCAGGAAUCUCAGGAUUUGUGUUUCGUCACGAGAUCAAGGACACCUUUCUUAGGACGUAUACUGAAGCAAUCCAGAACUAUAAUGGGAAUGACGAAAGAAGUAAUGCGGUUGAUGAUGUCCAGCGUAAUUUGAGGUGCUGUGGUGUACAGUAUUAUACCAACUGGACCAGCAGCCCCUACUGGCAUGAAUAUGGAUUCCCCCCUAGUUGCUGCUCUAAUACCAGUGACUGCAACCCUUCAGACCUGCACAAUAUGACUAUUGCUACCACUAAAGUGUACCAGAGGGGCUGUUAUGAAUUGGUGACUAACUUUAUGGAAACCAACAUGGGCAUCAUAGCUGGUGUAGCUUUUGGAAUUGCCUUCUCACAGCUGAUUGGAAUGCUUCUAGCGUGCUGUCUCUCCCGGUUUAUCACUGCAAAUCAGUACGAGAUGGUGUAACAUGGAAUUUUUUGAUGGAAGGUUUCCAAAACGGGAACAGGAAUAAACAGAGGAUUUUCAAAGAAUGUUAAGAGCACACAACAAACAUAACCACCUUACCACUCAGUGUUCCCUUUUAUCCACCAUUUUGUAGUGUGACCAUCCAUUGAAGUAAAAUGGUGCCAUGAGGAUUAGCCUGUUCAGUGUUUAAUUGCACACUUCCUACCGGAAGGCUUUUCGUAUGAUGGCACUGUGCGUGUCACUAGUCAUACACAGUAGUUGUAUUGUUACUAUGAUAAUCCAUAACUGCCUCAUCCUGGCUGUGCAUGCAGUGGCUAAAAAAGGGUCGGCUGUGCCCUUACAAAUGGUUUAUUUAAUGUUUCACACAUUUAUAUAAAUCAGUACAAGAAAAAAACAAACAGAUAUAGCCUAUCUAUUCUUUUUAUAUAUAUUUAUUUACAAAAACAUACUCCAUUUUUUUUCUUCGCCGUUUACCACAUGCGAAUAUCCUAUUAAAAAUCUGUGAUGACAAUACUUGAAGAUGUUAAAAUAUGUUGUGUUUUGAAAGGAAUCCAUAGGCCCAACCCAGAAUGCAGCUUGGAUUCUCACUAUGUGCAGUUUGCCUCUUGCUUGUAUUAGCUUUGUCUAGUGGAUUUUGCAGAACCUGUGUUUCACUGUUACUAAUCUGUUGUUGUUUACUGUGAGGGCAGUAUAUUAAUAAUGCUUCUUUUUAUCUUUAGUGUACAACUAAUCUGAACUGUGCUGUAUUACCACUUUUUUUGUCUUGUUUUUCUCUACCCCAUACUCGUGCAUUGAAAGUUUUAGCAACCAAAUAAUAUUUUCAGAUCAGUGUGAAAUACAAGUAUAGGUAAAAACAGAGUUUGGAGAUGUUCAAACCUUUUUAAAGAUAAAUCAAAUGAUUUUUUAAUAAUGUCUCCAUCUAGCAUGCAAAGGAAAAAUGCUUUGAUAUUGUGAGCAUUUGUGAUAUACAUAUUAAUAAACUGAACUAUGACAAAUUA